CGUGCUGUUGCCGCCGACCUCGCUAGCCACGGCCAACGCCGCCGCCGGCGCCGCGCCGCGCCGCGCCGCACGCCGUGGUGGGGGAGAGAGAGGAGACAGGGCGAGGGGGUGGGGGGAGGAGUGUGAUUCGGAGGGAUGACGAAGCGGGGGCGCUCGGCGGCGGGGGAGGCGCUGGCCUCGCCGGUCAACAGCCUGGACGACGGCUGCCUCAUGCACAUCUUCAGCUUCCUCAGCCCAAUCCCAGAUAGGUAUAACACCGCCCUCGUUUGCCACAGAUGGCGCUUCCUUGCAUGCCAUCCUCGGUUAUGGUUGCGUGUUGAGAGGCCAAUCAGAAAUAUAAUCGAGCCAGGAGUUUAUCCCAAUCUCGAGGCUGCUGUUUCUGCAGCUAGGCCUGGGGAUACUAUUCUAAUUGCUGCUGGUGGCACACAUGUUGCAUGUAAUAUCCAAAUAAAGAAGCCCCUUUGCAUUAUUGGUGGGGGCGAGCUUCCUGACGACACAGUAUUAACAUGUUCCCGUGGCUCUGACAAUGCAUUGGAGUUCCUUUCCACCUGCAAGAUUGUGAAUCUCACUAUUAGAGCAGAGCUUGGGUGCUGUUUGCUUCAUCGGAGUGGUAGAUUAACCAUUGAGGAGUGCUUGCUCCAGUGUGAGCAAAACCCUCUGGACUAUUUGUCCUUUCCUAUAAUUAGCACUGCGAUUGAGUACAAUUCGUUCCCAUCACUCAAGGAACAAGGGCAUGGUGUAACCGUUGUUCGCACCCGCAUUGAGGGGGGUGCGAAGGCCGUCAGAACUAAUGGAACGCUAGCGCUGCAGCGCGUGCGAGCCAUCUAUUCUCGCAGCUCUGUUUUCUUCUGGUUUGAAGUAGGAGAAAAGUAGGAUUCCUGUAAACAAGGCCCUCAAAUCUGUAUCUGUAUCAACUCCUUCAUUGCCUGCCUCCUGUUUGUUGUAAGUUCUAACAUAUGGUAAAUGUUUGAUAUUUGAAUCAGCGUGGACAUGUUGCUUGUUACUACAAUUUAACUGCGCAAAAUUUGGUAAAUUCAUAAUCAGUCGAGUUGUUACAGAUUAAAUUUACCCUACUUCUUGGAUCGGCAGCACAGUUUAUUGAUUGGCCGUUUGUAAUGAUCUUCACGUCCUAUUGUCGUUAAUUUGAACAAAGGACAAGGUGGGGACCCUAUCUGACACUAACUGCUAAAUUAACUUCGAC